AAUGCAGAAUUUCUGGAGGAAAAAAAAAGUACGUAGAACGCCUUUUCUGUGCAAAUUGAAAAAUCAAAGAGAGAAAAAUGUUCUCAUCCAAAUUCUCGUGGCUAAUCACGGUGGCGAUCUCGGCGGCGCUACUGUCGGCAACCAUCACGGAUGCCCAAACGACGUCGUGUGCUUCUAAACUAGUCCCCUGUGCACCUUUCCUCAACUCAACGUCGAAACCAUUGGCUUCUUGUUGUGACCCACUAAGAGAAGCCGUGACCAAAGAUCUUCAAUGUAUCUGCAAACUUUUCGAAAAUCCGACUUUAUUGCCUUCUCUCGGUAUUAAUGUUACUCAAGUUAUUGCACUUCUCAAAAACUGUAACAUUCCUGGCAAUGUUAACACUUGUAAAGCUGGUGAUCCAAGUUCUCCUUCUCCUUCUAAAGGAACGGCACCAGCGGCUGCUCCUAGUUCAAGUUCUCCUUCUGGGAAAACGCCACCAGUCACCACCCCAGCUUCAAAAGAUAAAAACGGAGUGAGCACGGUUGCAUGGACUGGAAUGUCAAGCUUACUCAUGCUCUUUGCUUCGUUCGUGCUUGCUUAGUUCACAGAGUGUGUCCUUCAAGUACUGGGUAAAUGUUGGUGAAUUUCUUUGUUUCAGUAUUUAUUUAGGGAAUUGAAAGAUUGUACUCCAGACUUGAUCGCUUUUAUUAUGUGAAGUUUCCAAUUGAGAUGAACUAAAUGAAGCUAAAUUGAUGUAUGAAUCGUAUUGCAUAAGUUGUGUUUGCAUGUUCUUGGUGUA